CAACAACAACUGAGUCAACAAUUAUGACACCAACAACGACUGAUUUAACCACAACAACUGAUUCAACCAUAAUUACCACAUCUGAACUUACUACAACAACAAUAGCCACUACUACACAAACAACAACCACAUUACCAAUGACAACCACUGCAACAACAACAACAACUUUGGCAUUGAGUAAAAUACCUCUUCAGUUUUCGCUUCAAGUUGAUGGUCCAGCAGCAUCUUGUACUGAGGGUGAAUAUCUACCCAGGUUUCUCCACCCAACUCCACAUCAUGGAGAACAACUGAAUGCUCGUGUAAAUCAAGAGCUUGAGAUCAGAGUGAAAGCAUCUGCAUUUUUUUUCAAGGUAUUAAGAAAAACUUUUUAUUUAAAAAAAUAAUAGUUUAAAGCUUAUACUUGAAUUUUGAAUAUCAUAUUAGCAUACUACUACAUAUGUCUGCCAUGCUUACUACUUAUAUUAUUUCUUGCAGCUAUGACAGUAAGAGCAGUAGAAUAGUAUGUUAUUCUAAAUUUGGCCAUUGAAUUGGUGUGCAGUGCUCUGUAGUGCCUACCAGAGGGCAGGAGUUCAAAGAGGUUUUGAUGUCUUUGAUGGUUUUGCCCAGAUACAGAAGUCCACACCAGUAGUCUGUGGUAGCCUAUUCAUGGUUGUGCACUACUACUACUACUACUAACAAAACUUUUUGUUUUGUUGUUGUGGUUUUUGUCAUCUAGAAUCAUUGAUGUCAUCAUUAGUGGACCUCUGAACAGCACAAAGUACAAAACCACCACUGGGGAAUAUGUGAUCAACUGGACACCAACUGCAGAAAACUAUGGCCAACAUUUUCCAUUUUGCUUCAUCGCAGAAGGACAACAUGGAUCUAAUAUUUACCACUCUGAGAUGAGGUGCGUUGUUGCAAAGGUGAAUGGUAAAGGACCCGAGGCAAAUGUAACCUGCUCUCAAAACUCAAUGUCAGUGACAAUUAAGAGAUCCUCCAUCAAAAACCUCCAUGGUGACCACUUGAGACUGAUAAAUCCGUCUUGUCGGGUUUACACUAACAGUACCCACCUGUUCACCAACACACUUCUAAAUGACUGUGGCACUCAGAUUGAGGAGAACAAUAAUGAACUCAUCUUCAAGAAUAAAAUCAUUACAUUUGAUAAUCCCAGGGACAUUAUAACCAGAAAGGAUAACCUAGAAAUUGAAAUCCAGUGCAAGUACCAGAAAAGGAGCAAUGUUACUUCUGAGUUCGAUACUCACAGACCACCAAUCAGUAUCUCAGAAAAAGGUUUUGGCACAUUCAACUAUCAGUUUGAGUUUUUUGCUUCUGCAAAUUUCCAGAACAGCAGGCAUCCAGAAUCUUACCCACUUGAGUAUGAUGUGGGCGACAAGAUCUUCAUGAAGAUUGAGCCCGUCACUCCAGUCCUAAACACAGAGAUCUUCCUCGAGUCAUGUAUGGCUAUUCCUUACGAUAAUCCCAAUUACCCAGUCUCCUAUCCCAUCAUCAAGAAUGGAUGCAUUGUGGAUGAAACGGUUCAGCUUUUCUCAAGUCACCAACCAUAUGUCCAGUUUGAAAUAGAGGCUUUCAAAUUUAUUGGGUUCCAUGACCAGGUGUUCAUCAGCUGCUCAAUCAUCAUAUGUCAGGCCAACAAUCCCAACACCCGCUGCUCUCAGGGCUGCGUCAACAAUACAGUCGCUCCACCGGCCCAACACCAGCACAAAAGAGAGGCUCCCAUCCAGACUGGCAUACACUUCAUCUCCCAGGGGCCCCUGCGGCUGAAGAGGAGCGCAUCUCAGGUCACCGUAAGCCCUGGUCUAAAUCUAAACCUUGUUGUCAUCGCUGUUUGUCUUGUGGCAACAGUAGCCAUGGUGUGUGCAGUGAUCGUCAACCGAGCCAGAGAGCAAAGGAUCAGAUACAAACCUGUGUCAUCACACGACUUUUAGUUAUGUCAGUUCUGUUUUUUUUAUUUUUCAUAAUGCUCUAUUUGC